AUGCCCCUUGAUAUAUAUCGUGAGUUGCAACGUGCUCGCCACGCUUCUGAUGGCAUUGGGGCACGUCAAAACAAACAAGGCACCGCUGUAGGUCGUGAUCACGUCUUCGCCGAGACCUCUUCUGCCGUCGCCAUCAUGAACAAAGUCGCGCUUUUGACCUCGUCCAAACACGAGCCUGGCGUAACCAUCCGCCAACGGUCAGAUCUCGUUGCCGCACUCGGGCCUACCUUUGACAUCGCGGUCCGCUUCCAAAGAGUAGUGGCCGUGGCGUCGUCGCUCCUCUUCCUCUACGCACACCUUCUCGCCACCUCAACCCUCACGUCGGCAGUCAUAGCAACCCGACUCUUCGCCGUCCAUUCGCUGUUUGCCAUCAAGAAGGCGACGACAGCAUUCCGCACGUCCAUGGGACAUGUAUGGGAAUCCAAACGAAUCCAGAAGUUGAGGAAGAAGGUUUUCAUGGAGUUUGCAACAACAAUACUGGGCCCGGGAGGUAACAUGCUGAUCGUCAUGGUCUUCUGGCCGGGAUGGCUGUUAAUCCUGGGUAUCGUCUUGACUCUCCGCACGCUGUCGGGAUGA